AUGAGAAACCUCCCGUGUGUUACAUUCUACUUGGCCGUUUUCUUUUUAUCUUCGCGGGGAAGCGGCAUCUUAUGUAAGGAAACUGGGGUAAAGGGAAGGACCAACCUGAGGAAUGGAUACACAAUUAAUAGCAUCCUAAAAGAGAAAGAGGAAACACAGCUGAAUGAUACGAACGAUGCUGGUCAAGAUAUUAUAAAUCAAGGGGAAGACAUACACGAAUUGAUUGAGGAAGUACAACGUGUCGGUGGAGAAGGAGAAAACAUUCACGAUCCUACUUCUUCCCUUCCGGAACAAAAUGAAGGAAAUAUGAGAAGAGGUUCUGUACCUCCAGGUGAUGGCGUAGAAGAGCACGCAAAUGAAGUGGAAGAAAAGGAGCCAAAAGAACAGGAAGAACAAGUGCAAGAGGAGCUAACACAGCAGGAAAAUGACGUUAAAGAAGAGAAGCCACAAGAAGAGGAAGAACAAUUGCAAGAGAAGGUAGCACACCCGGCAAAGGUAAUGCAAGAAGAGGAGCCACACGAACAGGAAGAAGUUCAGGAGCAGGAGGAGGUGCCACAGAAGGCAAAAGAAGUGCAAGAAGAGAAGUCACAAGAAGAGGAAGAAGAAGUAAAGGAGGAGGUAGCACAGAAGGCAAAUGACGUUAAAGAAGAGAAGCGAAAAGAACAGGAAGAGCAAGUGCAAGAGGAGGUAGCACAGCAGGCAAAUGACGUUAGAGAAGAGAAGCCAAAAGAACAGGAAGAAGAAGUCCAAGAGGAGGUAGCACCCCCGGCAAAGGUAGUGCAAGAAGAGAAUCCACACGAAAAGGAAGAAGAAGUAAAGGAGGAGGCAGGACAGCAGGCAAAUGAAGUGCAAGAGGAGAAGUCACAAGAACAGGAAGAACAAGUGCAGGAGGAGGUAGCACACCCGGCAAAUGAAGUAGAAGAAGAGAUGUCACAAGAAGAGGAAGAACAAGUCCAAGAGCAGGUAGCACAUCCGGAAAAUGACGUUAAGGAAGAGAAGCCAAAAGAACAGGAAGAAGAAGUCCAAGAGCCGGUAGCACCCCCGACAAAGGUAGUGCAAGAAGAGAAUCCACACGAACAGGAAGAAGAAGUAAAGGAGGAGGUAGAACAGCAGGCAAAUGAAGUGCAGGAGGAGAAGUCACAAGAACAGGAAGAACAAGUUCAAGAGGAGGUAGCAAAGCAGGCAAAUGAAGUAGAAGAAGAGAUGUCACAAGAAGAGGAAGAACAAGUCCAAGAGCAGGUAGCACAUCCGGAAAAUGACGUUAAGGAAGAAAAACCACAAGAACAGGAUGAGCUGCUGCAGGAGCAGGAAGGACAGCAGGCAAAUGAAGUGCAAGAGGAGAAGUUACCAGAAUUGGAUCCACAAGAGCAAGAGCAGGUAGCACAGCAGGUAGAUGACGUUAAAGAAGAGAAGCCAAAAGAACAGGAAGAAGAAGUAAAGGAGGAGGUAGAGCAGCAGGCAAAUGAAGUGCACGAGGAGAAGUCACAAGAACAGGAAGAACAAGUGCAAGAGGAGGUAGCAAAGCAGGCAAAUGAAGUAGAAGAAAAGAAGCCACCAGAAUUGGAUGCACAAGUGCAGGAGCAGGCAGGACAGCCGGCAAAAGAAUUGCAAGAAGAGAAGUCCCAAGAACAGGAAGGACAAGAGGGAAAACUGAAGGAAAAAGAAAAGGAACAACAGGAGGAACAUGGGGAAAAGGUUCCUGACGAAAUUCCUCAUGGUGCCGACAAUAACCGUGCUGACGACAGCACUGACAAGAGCACUCACGACAACACUCAGGACGGUGAGGAUGAGGAAAUUAUAUAUCGAUAUGACAGUGACGAAAAUGGAAAAAAAAACACAGAGGAAGAGGGAUUUAAUUCGUCACAUAAUGAUGAAACUGCACACAUGAUCCAUUUCCAAGAAUAUAUAGACGUUAAAGAGGAGAUGGAAGAAACUGAAGAUUUAGUUCAGUACAUCACAAAUUCCUUGCUGGAAACUGAGCAGAUUGUGGAUGUGCUUAACGCUUUGUCAGAUGAUAUGGCUAUAUAUUUGCAGGAAUGA